AUUGAAAACAUUUGCUCUAAUUUCAGUUCAAAUUUUGCCUAAACAUUCAUACCGAUCUCUCGGCAACACAAAAAGACGGUCUUCUCUUCUCAUUUUCUCCCUCUAUCGAGCAAUCGCUGAGUCAAUUUUGAAUUCUACUUGUUGAGGUGCAAAUUCACUUAUGCGAACGUGGUGGAUGCAUUAGUGUUGCUCAUGAAAUUGGUUUCUGCCUAGUGCAUGAGCUUUGAGUUGAGAACUUUUUAUCACUAUGGGAAACUUGUACCGCAGUGGGGUUUUUAGGAAGUCGAACGAUGGUGCUCGACUCGUUAUAACGACUUUUAUGGGGAUGCUGCUUGGAUAUCUUAUAGGUGUUUCGUUUCCAUCAGUUUCUUUAACUAAGAUUAAUUUACCUUCAAGUCUCAUGUCAUCUUUCGAUAUAGCCUUUAAUGAUGAUCGCCGUAGUUCUCCUAGUCGUAGUUUUCCUGAAAAUCUUGGUUCGGGCAGUACUCCUUUUACACCUAAGAUCUAUGCUCCUACAAACCCUCGUGGUGCAGAGUCUUUGCCACCGGGAAUUGUAGUUUCAGACUCAGAUUUUUAUCUGCGAAGAUUAUGGGGUGACCCUAGUGAGGAUCUGAAACAGAAGCCAAAGUACCUAGUAACUUUUACAGUAGGUUUGGAGCAAAAGAAUAAUAUCGAUGCAGCAGUGAAGAAGUUUUCCGAGGAUUUUCAAAUCAUGCUUUUUCACUAUGAUGGGCGGACCAGUGAAUGGGAUCAAUUUGAGUGGUCACGGCGUGCAGUACAUGUUAGUGUCAGGAAGCAAACGAAAUGGGGAAUAAAAGCUUUUGCAUUUUUAUCCACUGUGGUCAUGAUUUUCUUGAUUUCCUCGAAUUUUGAUUGGUUUGGUGCAAGUUUUUUAUAUUGGUAUAUUUGGAUGGUGAUAAAUAGGGACACAGAAGAAAAACCAGGCUGGUGCAGUGAUCCACAUUUGCCUCCAUGUGCAGCCUUUGUGGAAAUAAUGGCUCCAGUGUUUUCUCGCGAAGCUUGGAGAUGUGUUUGGCAUAUGAUCCAGAAUGAUUUGGUCCAUGGAUGGGGUUUAGAUUUUGCACUCAGAAGAUGUGUGGAUCCUGCACAUGAAAAAAUUGGCGUUGUUGAUUCACAAUGGAUUGUGCAUCAAGUUAUUCCAUCUCUUGGAAGUCAGGGUCAGUCUGACAAUGGUAUUGCUCCAUGGCAAGGGGUACGAGAAAGAUGCAGAAGUGAGUGGGCUAUGUUUCAGGAUCGCCUCACUAAUGCAGACAAGAAAUAUUUUGCACAGCUUAAUAAUUAACUUACAAUGUGCUGCUGAUAUUUCCUGUAUAUUGUGUUUUCCUUGUUCUUCUCCUCGAGCGAUGUUUGAUCGUCCUAUUCUCUUCCGUGACAUUAUUUACCUCUUAUAGUUGUAGUGUAGCAACUUCACGAGCAGUGUAACAAAUAUGGUCAUAUGUUGGAAGAGUGUGGUUUAGGGUAAACUGAUUUUUCGUUUACCCUGCUUUUUGAACUAUUCACAAAAAUAUUCUCUCCUGCAGUUGACUAUGGGGGAGUUUUUCUGAUGUAAUCUAUGUUCAUAGUUUGGCUACUUGUGUAUCAUUCAAGCGAAAUAGAGGUUGCUUUUUGGUGUU